CCUGCGACAGCAGCCCCGGCCGCUACGGGAAGCUCGGUUCCGUAUCUGCAGAGACGGCCGGGGCUGUCGCUGAUGGUUGCAGCUCGAGAACCAUGACGGGGAAGAAGUCUUCCCGGGAGAAACGGCGCAAGCGGAGUGGGCAGGAGGCCGCCGCUGCGCUCGCGGCCCCGGACCUGGUGCCGGCGCUGGGCGGGAGCGCGGGCGGCUGCGGGAGCGGCGGCGGCUGCUGCGGAGGCGCCACCGGCGGGGCGAGUGUGGCGGGCGGCGCGGAACGCAGCGAGCGCCGAAAGCGGAGGAGCACCGACUCGUCCUCCAGCGUCUCGGGCUCCCUGCAGCAGGAAACCAAGUAUCUUUUACCAGCUCUGGAAAAAGAAUUACUGUUGGCAGAGCACAGUGACGUUGAAGAAGGUGGGCUGGACCUGACUGUCUCGCUAAAGCCAGUUAGUUUCUACAUAUCAGACAGAAAGGAGAUGCUCCAGCAGUGCUUCUGCAUAAUCGGGGAGAAGAAGCUGCAGAAGAUGCUCCCCGACGUGCUGAAGAACUGUUCAGUAGAAGAAAUUAAAAAACUAUGCCAGGAACAAUUAGAACUCCUGUCUGAAAAAAAAAUCUUGAAGAUUCUUGAGGGUGACAAUGGUUUGGACUCUGAUAUGGAAGAGGAGGCAGAUGAUGGCUGUAAGGUGGCACCUGAUUUAAUCAGUCAGCAAGAUAAAGAUGCCUGUGUAGAUUCUACUUCAUCCCUCAGAGAGAACAAACAACCAGAAGGUUUGGAAUCAAAACAAGGUACCACCAGAAAGGGUUUGCCAUCUUGGUUUAAUUUCAGUGAGUCUAUUGUGUAUUUUCAGUUGCAAAAAGGAGGUAAGUUAGCUGGGUAUCUUUGGGCUAUAUGUGGAAGAUGAUAACUUUGUAGGAUAACUACCCCUACUCCCUAUGCCAAGGUAUAUUUCCUUAUUGACCUUUUUCCUUAGUGAAGAAAUUCCUUUAUUUAAAUCAGUUUUGACAUAACUAGCCAGUAGAUAUAAAGUGGUAAUUUUAAUUUAUUUAAGCCUAAUAGACUAAUGGAGCUAAUUAUUUAAAUGCUUUAAAAAAUUCUUCUCAUCUUCAUUAGGAACAAUUAAAAGUAAACAGCAGGGUUUAUUAUUGUUCAGAAAUCAUCUCAUGUUUUUUCUAUUCAUAAAAUGAUGACUUAAGGAAAUUUCUGUAAAACUUGAGCUAUAGGAACAUUUUAGUAGUGAGAAGUAGGUUUAUAUUUAUUUUUUAGGCAGAAGUCCUGAAGCUUCUCUUUGUUACUGAUAAGUGAUUAACAAAGUUAAAAAUGUAUAAUUUUGUAAUUUGUUAUAUAUAUUUAAUAUAUAUACACAAUCUAGAUUUUAAAAAUGCAUUGGUGUUUAUUAAUAUUUUUUAUUCUCUUGGAAAUUCUCCAAUGCUUUUUAUAAAUUCUCUUGUAUUAGGCUCUUAAGUAGCCAGAGAAAAUUAUAUAUUUGACUAUUGAGUAUCGCCACAGAGAGAAACUGAGAUUUGGUUCAUCAGCAUUUUUUUUGUCAUAGAAAUACAAGUUAUAAACACAUUGUUUUCAGUUAAUAUAAUUAUCAUCUAACCCUCUUUAUAUAAUUAGACCACAGUGCUAUUGUGUCUUUUUCUUUGUGAGACAGGUUCCCACUUGGUAGCCAGGCUGGCCUUGAACUCAUGAUCCUCUGCCUCAGGAGUGCUGUGUGUAACCACUGUGCUCAGCCUGCUUUUAUCACUUUGCUUUGUUCCUUAAGUUCUUGGUUUCAGCUGAGCAGAGUAUGUGAGUAUGUGAGGUCAUCUAGGGAAAAGAAUUAUCGUAUGGAGAAUAGAAAAGGCUGAA